GUUUGAUUUUCCUUGUAUCGCCAUCGCCCCUCCAGCUCUCCUCCUCUUCUCCUCGGUUCCCAAAACUACCUCCUUAUAAAACCCACUUUUUUUCCCUUUUGCCCCUUCCCUGGUCGAUCUGACUUUUUUUCUUUUGCACAACUCUUCGCUUCCAUCCUGCCGACUUGCUCUUCGGACUCAAGUCGACUGGUGUUAUCCUCAGCUUUCCUCGUCACGAUACUGUCGCCGCGCAGUAGAGUGAGCCGAUUGAAUUGAUUUGAUCACAGUAGCUGCGCCGGUGGUGAAACUCCCUGGUAGUUAGCAAACUGGUUCCGAAUUCUUCCAUCUAUCAUCCUUUCUUAAGGCAGUAGUCUGUCUGUCUAUCUCCUCCGUGAAAGAGGAAUAGAUUCGAUCUCAUCUUGAUCAGAGACACAUCAUUGUUGGAGAAUUGAAACGCAAUCCAACAUGUCUCAGAAGCCCAUCUUCGUGGCGACUCACCCCCGAGCCUGCUCGACGGCUUUCGAACGAGUCUUCAUGACUCGUCGGGAUACCAUCCAAUGUGUCCACGAGCCAUUUGGCGACGCCUUCUACUAUGGUCCCGAGAGAUUGGGCACCAGAUUUGCCGACGAUGAAAAGGCUCGUCUGGAGAGUGGCUUCAGCCAGUCCACGUAUCGGACUGUGAUGGAUAGAAUCGAGCGUGAAGCUUCCGAGGGCAAGAGAAUCUUCAUCAAAGAUAUCAUCCACUAUCUUCUUCCUCCCAGUGGGAAGCCUGUCAGCAUCGCGCCAUCGCUGAACAGGAUCAAGCGCGGCGUUGGCACUGAGAGCUCUGUCCCCGUAGACGACGCCUCGGUCGGAGGCAUGAACGGCAAUGGCGUCGCUCAUGAUUCCUCCGACCACCACCCCGACGGGCAGCAGUCCAAGCAGACUGCCUCGUCGCUCCCGUACGACACUCUGCCUGAGCCCGGUAACCCCACCGUGAUGCCCCUGUCCAUCCUCUCCCAGUUCCAUUUUGCCUUCCUCAUCCGCGACCCGCACUACAGCGUGCCGUCGUAUUACCGCUGCACCAUCCCGCCGCUGGACGACGUCACCGGCUUCUAUUAUUAUGACCACGCCGAGUCCGGGUACGACGAGGUGCGUCGCACCUUCGACUACCUGCGCAGCGUCGGGCUGAUCGGUCCGCACGUCGCGACGAGGGAGGAGGACGCCGACGAGAUCGACGGCAGCUCGAAGAAGCUGAAGCCGGUGGUCGGCGGACUCGGUGCGGGCCAUGAAUCCGGUGCCGAGAUCUGUAUUGUCGACGCCGACGACAUGCUGGACAAACCGGCUCCGAUGAUGGAGGCGUUCUGUCGCAGCGUCGGCAUCGACUAUGACCCCAGCAUGUUGGACUGGGACAACGAGGAUGACCAUCGGUUUGUGAGUGAGGCGUUUGAGAAGUGGAGGGGGUUCCAUAACGAUGCAAUUGAAUCGGCUGGACUGGUGGCGAGAAAGCAUGCUCGCCCCGUCAAAACCGAAGCUGAAUUCGACGCCGAAUGGACCAAGAAGUACGGCCCCGAAGGCGCCGCCCAGAUCCGCAGAUCCGUGGACCUGAACAUGGCGGAUUACCUUUACUUGAAGCAAUUCGCCAUGAAAGUGUAGAGUUUUUAGGAUACCCCGGAGUCUGGAUCUGAGGAUGGGAAAUUGAGAGAGCAAGUAGGGAUGGAAGGGAAAGGAAGGGGGAAGGGAAGGGGAAAUUGCAACCAUCCAACUCCACCAGCCAAACUCCCCCAAAAAAAGGGGGGGCACGAACGCCUUUUUAUACUUUACGUGUUGUUUUCUGAUUUUUGCGGGUUCACCGCUCCUGAUGAUGAGAUCUUAGCCGUGAUGACGCCAUUUG